AUGGCGGCUAAGUACGGCCUAAUGCUACAUCAGAUGGACGUCAAGACAGCGUUUCUUAACGGCUCCCUCAACGAAGACAUCUACAUGGACCAGCCGGACGGAUACCUGGAUGCAACACAGCCGGACUAUGUGUGCAAGCUAAAGAGAUCACUCUACGGCUUGAAGCAAUCGCCUCGCAUGUGGAACCAAACAAUCGAUGGGUUCAUGAUCAAGAUGGGAUUCAAGAAGUGCGAAUCGGACCACUGCAUCUACAUCAAGCGAGACGACCAAGACAUGAUUCUCGUGGUGCUCUACGUCGAUGAUCUCAUCCUGGCCAGCAGCAACAACGAACUCCUCAAGUCAACCAAGAUGGCGCUGAGCAAACGCUUCGAAAUGACGGAUCUCGGUGAGCUCGAUUACUUUCUCGGCAUGGAGAUCAAGAACGACCGUAAGACGGGAAUGGUGACUGUACAACAAACCAAGUUCCUCAAGUCCGUGUUAACCAAGUUCGGAAUGGAUAACAGCAAGCCAGUGAAGACGCCUCAAGAUCCCGGCCUGAAGCUAACCAAGAACAUGUGUGAACAAGAAUGCAAGCACGAAGACACCAUGUGCAACGUGCCAUAUCGAAGUGCUGUCGGAGGCAUCAUGUAUCUCAUGGUCGCCACACGUCCGGAUCUAGCUGCUGCAGUGGGAUCAUUAUCCCAGUUCUCGUCCGACCCAUGCCCGACUCACUGGCAAGCUUUGAAGCGUGUGCUGAGAUACCUGCAAGCAACGCCCAAUCAUGGUCUUGAGUUUACACGUGAAGAAGGAAGCCGUAUCUGCGGGUACACCGACGCAGACUGGGCCGGCGACAUUGAGUCAAGACGAAGUACAAGCGGCUAUGUGUUCAUGAUGAGCGGAGGAUGCAUCAGCUGGAAAAGCCAGAAAACAACGGACGGUCGCGCUAUCUUCAACAGAAGCAGAAUACAUGGCGCUUCCGAAGCAACCAAAGAAGCAGUAUGGCUCAAAGUGCUUUUGGGGGAACUUGGUGAGAUGACAAGCGACGAAGCGAUCAAGAUGUAUGAAGACAACCAAGGAUCAAUCGCUCUCGCCAAGAACCCGGAGUUCCAUAAGAGAACAAAACACAUCGACAUACGCUACCAUUUUGUGCGUGAGAAGGUGGAAUCAGGUGAAGUCGUUUUGGAGUAUUGCCCGACUCAAGAUAUGCUGGCAGACAUGAUGACCAAGCCGAUCGCCGCUGUACAAUUUGAAAACAUUCGCGAUCGACUUGGGAUCCAUGGUGCCGCAGCUAACGAGUCGAGAGGGAGUGUUGAAAAGACAGCGGCUGUGAAGAAGACACCUCGUCAAGCUGCGUCAAGUGUUGAAGCAAGUGGAAGACCAAGCUUCGCUAUACCGGUGGGUACCGGUAUGUACCAGUAA